AUGACAGAAAGAGUAUGCCCGAGUAAUACAGGACCACCUGUAGCAGCUUGUUCACCAAUCCAAUCUUGUCCACCUGGAACAAUAUGUAACACGAUCAGUGGUUUCUGUUGUAGUAUCACAGUACAACAAUUACAACCUCUACCCAUUCCAGUUUUUCAACAACAACAACAACAACAACAACAACAGCUACAACUACCAACAAUAAUACCAAUAGUACAACAAAAUUUAUUUCAAAUAGGUCAACAACAACAACAACAACAACAAAUCGUCAUUAUGUGUCCUAAUGGUUUUCCUGGUACUCAAGCAUGUGGUUUUAUGGAACAAUGUCCAGCAAAUAGUGGUUGCUAUCGUGGUGUAUGCUGUCCUUUGAUUUGUCCAAGUGGUCAAGAUGCUACAGGAUUUUGUGAUCAAACAACUUCAAUAACAUUACCAUGCUCACAACAGGCUAAUUGCAUAUCAGGAUGUUGUUGUCAACAGCAUGAGCCAAUUCGUAUGCCAAUUUGUCGAAGUGGUAUUACGGCUACUUCAAGAUGUACCAUUGAUCAGGAAUGUGGUCCAGGAAUGGAAUGUUCUAGUGGUGGUUGUUGUCCAAUACCAUUUUGUCCAACCGGAAUACAGGCAAUAGGCCGUUGUCCAUCUGGUAUAGGUUGUCCGAGUGCAUCAAUCUGUGCCAAUGGUUUAUGUUGUCCUGCACCACGUUGUUCCUCAGGUAUUAUCGCCCUACGGAUUUGUGUAUCAAAUGAUGAAUGCGGAAAUGGUUUUGAAUGCGCUAAUGGUGGUUGUUGUCCACUUCCUCUUUGUCCCAAUAAUCAAAUCGGAUCACAACGAUGUCCAAUCGGUGGUUGUUGCUGUCCAACUGGUCAACAAUGUGUCAAUGGUGUAUGUUGCCCAUUACCAGCUUGUUCAAACGGAAUCCUAUCGGCAACAAUGUGUGAAGCUGGAAAUAUUUGUCCGCGUGGUAUGGAAUGUAACAAUGGUGGUUGCUGUCCGUUGUCAAUGUGUCCAUCCGGUGCGCAACCAUCCGGACGAUGUCAGGGAAAUUCAUGUCCCAUUGGGCAGGUAUGCGAAAAUGGAAUAUGCUGUCCAUUACCAGUAUGUUCUAAUGGACAGCUCGCUAUACAGUUAUGUACUUAUGGUAACAGGUGUCCAGCUGGACGAGGUUGCUGCUUGGAACCAUUACCACUUUGUCCAAAUGGUGUUCGUGCAUAUCAACGAUGCAAUCAUGGUGCUGAUUGUCCAACCGGAUUUGGUUGUACCGCAAUGGGAGCAUGUUGUUUGUUAUCAUUGGAACCGGUAUGUCCAUCAAAUCAGAAUGCAAUUUGCCAAUGUGCGCCAACCAAUAAUUGUCCACCACAAACUUCAUGUACCAUGGGUACAUGUUGUACCUCAGCAUCAGUAAAGGUAUAUGAUCAUAUACCGGGAACAUCUUGUCAAGCAUCAUCACAAUGUAAUGGUUUUAAUACUGGUGGCGCGCAAUGCAUGCAAUCAAUUUGUGCAUGCAUUAAUGGUGCUGCAUCUAACGGUGCAACAUGCCAUCAAUUCAAUCCUGCUAUCUUAUUACAGGCUCGAUCAGGUUGUGAUCAAUAUGGUUCACCUUGUAAAUUUGUAUUUAGUACUGCUCGAAGAAAGCCAUUAUUUACACCAUUUGGUAAUAUUACUGAACAACCAUUAUGGUAUGCAGUAGUAACAUCACGACGUUGUUUAUUAAAUGGAUCAUUUACAAAUUUUGAUCCGGAUAGUACCUGUCUCCCAAAUGAGAAAUGCAUACAAGGAGAAUGUCGCAUGAAAUUAUGGCCAGGUGAAUAUGGUUGUAUAAAUGAUGAGGAAUGUUCUGCAAGAUGUAGUAAUACUUAUUGUUCAACAAAUAGUGAUAAAGGCAUAUCACAAUGUCAUUGCUUGAAUGGCAAAUUACUUUAUGGACGAUGCUUUCAUCAAUGUCCAAAAGGUUUUCAUGUGGAAGGAGCAUACUGUAAGCAUGAUGACGAGAAUCAUUUCUGGAAUGAUGGAAAUGCGCAAAAUUCUCUUCGUGAAAUUCUCAAUUGGGGAAUUUGUUAA